UUAUUUCCUUUCAACAUUCUGGUUUCUGCAGUGAAAGAGAGUGAACUCGAAAUGAAAUAGAUUAAGAAACUGAAACGCAGAAGGCAAUUAUGGAAUCAAGAUUAUCGAUGAUAAUGAUUUUAAGUAACUAGCUUUGAAGGUAGUAGGGGCGGCUAAAAAAGCCGGGGAAGAAAAAGAAGGGGAAAUUGAAGUCGAUAAAAAUUGCGUUGGCGACAUUCUUCGCUUUUUCACCACAGUUCUCCGAUUUUGUGUGCACUUCACUCACUGAGACAGAGAGAGAGAGGGCAAUGAAGUUAUAGUGUCGUGUACUACGGUGCUUUUAACGGAAGGUAAGGGUCUCCGGCUUCCUUUUCUAAAUAAUACGAAGAGCCAUCACGAAUCACGUAGCAUCGACUGACCUGAUUCGUGUUUUCCAUUCGUUAACUAAUAACAGUUGCUUCCGUUCAAUUCAAAACCCUGAGAUUCAUAGUCAACGGUGAGUUAAUGAGCGUUUUCGGGAUCAACGGUUACGUCAAACUCGGUGUUCCCGUGCCCAAUGAAGAAAUGGGCUAUGUUUCACACCGGCCCAUAUCUUCUUGUUAGAAAAUACUAGUAGCAGCAGGCGACGCGUAUUUCCCUACUUACUCGGGCUCGAUUAACGGACAUUUAUGAUAAGAGGAUAAUAGUAAAAACUAGGGUUAGAGGUGUUCUUUGCAAUCCGAAAGCGUGAAAGGAGGGAGAGCAAAAGCUACAUUCUUUUUUGCUUCGAUUGAGAUUGGGAUCUCCUUUUUUCCUCACAUCUGCCUUUUCCUUCAAUCGGUUUGUGUGAUUUGCUGAGCAGUGGAGCUAUUGUUUGUGUGAUCCAUGGUUUUUCCAACGAGGAAUUACCCAAUAACUUUUUUUUCAUGGGCACAAAGUUGAGAGUUUGUCCUCUAUACCAAUCCAACACAUGAUACAUGAUCAAUGAUCAAUGAUCAAUCUUUAUUGGUCAACCAAUCGAAACAGCAGGUUUUAAUGGAUCUGGAGACUGAGAACAGAAUAGCUGCUAUUCUUUUGAAAGAAGCAGCAGAAUUGCGGCAACGAGCUGAAAGGGAAGGUGUGCAUGUUUACCUUGAACAGCCUAAAGUAAGAGCGCGGCCAAAUUCUCGCUUCCUCACUGCAACUGUCCUUGGAGUGCAGCAAACCAAUCGAGCUGUUGAGGUCAAUGAGAUGUGGCGAGUCCGGCAAAAGGAGCUCAAGAUGGAUGAUAGGCUGAGAGAAGGAUCAGGAUAUGAUGAUAACUGCAGCAAGAACUAUGGGGAUGUUGGUGAUAUCCCUAGAAGUACAGGCAGAGGGCAUUCUGUAAAUGAGAACAAUACUAGGGUGUCAUCAUCGUCAAGCAAAAGAGUAGGGAGCUCUUAUUCAAGAGAAGAUGAAGGUUUAAGGGAUGGAGAAGUUGAGGAAUUUUUGCACUCGAGGGUUAAGCGAGGUCGAGGUGCAGUAGGUUCAAGGAUGGAUGAAACAGGGCCCUACCUUCCACCUUGUCCAGACUACGAGGAAAAGCUUUCCAGAAGCCCGGAUGCGAAGCUGCUGGGUGUGUUUUUUAAACCAGAGAAAUAUUGUGCAUCAUCUGAAGAAGAGCUUGGCACCGAAAGGCUUAAAAAGGCAAAGAAGGUUUGUUCAAAGAGUUUGGAUAAGAAGAAUUCCAGGAAGCACAGAUCUAAAGAAAAGUCGAGGGGUAAGAAAAGGAAGAGAAAAGAUGAGAAAAGAAGUAAACACUAUUCUUGUUUGCAGAGUUCGGCAAUUAUUCAUUCCAAGAAUACCUGGAAUGCUGACAUGACAUGGCAAUUACAUCUUGGGAAUGAGAAAUUAAGUCCUGGUAAAUUCAAACUACCACGAGUAUCACACAGGUUUUGCAAGAAUGUAUUAUUUAUAUUUAAAUAUAUAUUUAUUGUUUAAA